AAAAAGCGCUGGCGCUGUAACUUAUGCAAGCUUCAACGGGACUACCUGUGCGUGACGGGCCGUUGGUAUUACCAAGAUGACGACGCCCGCGGGGCUGAGCCACAUUUCCGUAACAUGUCCAUGCCGAGUAUGGAGGGGCAGAGCCCCGGGAGCACCCCACCCAGGAGACGGGUGGUGCGAAGCGCACAGUCGGAUCUGGAGGAGAGAUUCGUCCACCGUAAUAUCGAAGCCAUCAAGCGCAACUCCUGGGACUCCGGUAAACACUACAAGUCCGACACCGAGGCCUCCUCGUCCACCUGCCUCCGCCAGUCCUUCACCCGGGAGUCCCUAAACGGCAAGAAGUCCGUGACGCGGCGACGCCGUCGAUCCUCGCAGCUCCGCCAGAUCUCCUGCGACUCGCCAGGGGAGAACCUGACGCAGGAGUCGGACGAAGGGGAGUGGAUGAAUCGCGCCCUCGCGCGGCGGGCCUCGCACAGGCGACCUCUGAGACGUCGGAGGUAUGGGGUGACUGAGGCCGGUGAUAAGAGUCCGGAAGGCUCCCAGAGUGCUAAAGCCAGUGGACAGCAAGCCAGCGGCAGCGAAGACGAGCGGCCAGUCUCGGUAGCAGACGCCGAGCGCUCGCCGUCAAACCGACGCCGUAGCCGGCCAUCCAUUCACGGUAGACGGUCUCCCUCGGGCGCCGUGUCGCCCAAGGAGCCUCCCACCGAAGGACAGCAAGUUGCCAGCACCGCACACGAGAGAGCCAAGGAGGCCAGAGGGAAGUACAAACGGACCGGGAGUGUCAAGGCGGACUUCCUGGGCAAGUUUGGCCAGCGGGCCAUGGAGAGGUUCCGGCGCCGGUCACGCUCGGAGAGUGAGCUUAACAUUCCAGAACAGCCAACGCAAGAAACGACAAUAUACGUACGCGAUGACUCGGAGGAGGUGACCAUUCAGCGAGAUCCGCAAGACACUUCGUGUAAAACCCGAGGUUAUGGGCUCGAGGUUGUAGGAGGCAGGCAAGAUUCAGACGGCUGGCUGCGUGCGUUCGUCACUAGGGUGAUCGUCGAUGGACCAGCAGACAAAGUUGACGUUCAUAAAGGCGAUGAAAUACUGGAAUGGAACAGCCAGUCACUUGAGAAUAAGACAUUUGAGCAGGUCCAGCAGGUUUUGGAUCAGCAUUGCGGUGACGAACUGAAGCUGAGAAUAGUGCGCUAUCAGGCGCACAGAGGCACUGAUACUCUCACGGCCAAACGCGGUAGCUCCGUUUCUAUCGAGUCAGAGGUAUACCACAGACGGAAAAAGAUAUCCGUAGGUAUGCAGAACAGUAUCAACUCGGAGCAAUACCGAGAAAUGUUCACACCGGCCGCCGAAGAUACGAACCUGUUGUCGGCAAGCCAGAGGGCCGGCAGCCGGCGAAAACUGCCCGUACCACCGCAAUCCUCGAUGACGACCACAUCGUCCAACGUGCGCACGACCGCUCCAAGAGUGGAGCUCACCCCCGCUGAAAACCAGAACCUGGGCGAGCUGUGCAUGCAGCUGACACUACGGGAAGAGACCAAGGAGCUGGUGGUGGUACUGAUGGAGGCGAAGGGACUCAAAGUGAGGGAGGGAGAUCCAUUGGGGCAACCGCCAAGCCCGUACAUCAAUAUCUACCAGCUGCCUUACAGAAGGGAAAGUCUCCGGUAUCGAUCACCGACCAUACCGGCAACCGCCACGCCCAUAUGGAACAAGACCUUCGUAUUCCCCAACAUCUCCCAAUCAGAGCAGAUAGCUGGUCUGUCACUGGAAUUCACCGUCUGGGAUGAGCGACCUGACUGCAUGAAUCUGUUCCUUGGAGAGGUUUUGAUCGAUCUCCAAGACGAGCCCCUGACCGGCAAACCCGCCUGGUACCCCCUUGCCGACCACGACGAGAACAUCGGUGACCUGCCUUGCACGGCCCCGCCUGGCGUGGUGCUGGCACGGCUCCAGCAGCAGCACAACCAGGCCAUGGGUAUCGGCUUGAUGGAUGCACCGCACCUGCUGACCCCCUACCUGACAGCAGGUGGAAUGAGCCAUAAGGAGCUGGCUCGCUGCCCAAGCGACUCGGUAAAGGAAUAUGGGCGUGGUCGCGAGGGUCUGAUGCCUUUAUCUCUUGAGGCAGCCUCACAGCUACACAUUGAGGAUCGCUUCGACCGUCUCCCGCUUUCCAGACACCGAUCCUGCCCGACCGCUGGGAGUAAUGCUUACAAUAAAAUGACGGACUUGCCACAGAUCAUAGUUGCUGGACCAUCAGAAGACACCUGGCCAGACAUGUUCAACGAGAGACGCAAGCGUAGCUCAUCCAGCUUUGGUAGUAGUAUCGCUGGUAGCAGCAUAGCGGGUAGUGAUUGGGAAAGCUGUACCAGCUACAGCAGCGGCAGUCGCAACAGCAUGGACUCAGACUACCACUUCAGGCUGUCAACGUGUUCCAUGCCGAGACCGGCACCAGACGGUGAAGACGGGAUGAUCACCGAGCCGGGUCCGGGACAAGUCCUCCUGGAGAACUUCAAUGGGCGACCUUGUGGAUUCAUCAAACUGGCCAUGGCCGUCAGCAAGGGAUCACUGGAAGUAGAGAUCAUAUGCGCUACAGGCUUGCUGUUCCACGGAGAACCGGAAUCAUUAGAUACCUACGUCAAGACGUACCUGCUAGAGGGCGACAGACAGCUGGUUAAACGGAAGACCAAAGUGUUACACGCUACGUGUGAACCACACUACGCCCAGACCCUCAAAUACUCUGCCUGUGAUAUCACUGGGAGGCGAUUACAGGUGAUGCUGUGGCGUAAGACGAAGAUACGAGAGAGCAACCAGUGUCUCGGAGAAGCUCGCAUCACCUUGGACAUCUUAGAGGAGACAACCCACUCCACUGCGUGGUAUACCCUCUUCCCAUCUGGUGCCUACGAGAGCCUCAAGUCAUCACAGAGUUUGGAGCUCCUGAAAUUCUGAGAUUAAAGCCGAAUUGGCGUUACAACUCAGCAAGAACCAGCUCACCUGAAAAGCGAGUGUCAUCCCCUUUCAGUUUGAUGACACCCUCUGUCACCUUUCAGAUGUCGAUUGGAAACUUUGAAAAGCUUCACAAAGCAAGAUAACUGGCAAACAAAUCAAGUAACGUUGACUAUGUUGUCCCUUGAUCUCCGUGAUGCUGUGCUUGUAUCUGCACUUUAUCGUCGACAAGCUUCUGACACGCCUGGGUUUAAGACUUCAAAGGAAUUACAGGCAACACAAACUGUUGAUAUGUGACCAUGCAGCCAGUGGUCCUGAGACAAACGGAUUAUACUCGCGUAAUACACCUGAUAUUUUUUUUUUCGACUUGCCGUUACAAUCCCACCAGAGCCAACAAAGUAUUAAACAUUCCUUCAGGUAUUUUGUGGAAACUUUGAUCACACUCUGCUGUAAAGCAACAUCAGAAGGUCAAAUUCGGGGUCAUUUAUGGGAAUUAUCAGCAUGAACGGACAUUUUUCGACACAGGAACGGCAUGUGGUACACAAUAUACAAACGGCUGGAGCUAGAGACUGACCAAAUGUGAAACUUGAACGAACUACCGAGAAGACUCAUCACAGUUAAUGAACUCGGAAUAGUCUUUCAGGGAAGUUACAAAAUCAAGUCGGGAAAAAGACAUUUGGGGGACAAAAAACAUAGAAGAGGAAUUACAAUUCUACAGGAAUGGGUGGCUUAGAAACUUUAUAAAGAAAAAUCGUUACGAACAAAUGUUUAAUUAAAAUGUUUUAAAUGAAACCUUUAUUUUUAUCUUACAAAAUAUUUUGUUCUCUAUAAUGUCUUGAUAUUUGUAUUGCUUAUUUUUGGAUGUGUUGAGUGUUUUGGAUAUUUUUUUCUUUCAAUUAGUGAAGAUGGUCAUCUGUUUGCAGUAAUUUGACGCUUGGUGCUAACUUCAACGAACACGUUUGGUGCUGAUGUAGAAAGCAUGUUAUCAUUCGGUAGAGAUAGUCCUUUGAACUCUUUAUUAAGAUGAGUUGCCUUGUAUAUAGUGACGUAAUAAUACAGCUUAUGUGUGUUUCUACUGAAUGGCUGACAAAAUCAGUAUAAAAACAAGUAUUUCUGUUGUAAGCUUUUGAGAAUGCCUUGUAUAUUUUUUUGAGCUUUCAAUUAAAGAUUUUCAAUGUUUCAUUGCAUAAUGCAUUCACUCGAUUUAGAACUUGCCAGCGAAUCCUUCAUUUUAAGAUCAUAUAAAAAAUUUCAUAUUUACACAAAUAUUAGCCCCAACAGGUUGAAUGUGAUAGAUACUUUCUGUGAGAGCUUGUUUAUAUUGUUUAUACAUUUUGUAUGAACUAAUUAAUACUUACAUCUUGUACAAGCGUAUAAUGAACAAAUUUGUACAUUUAUGACAUUAAUGCCCCGGUAUGUAUAUUUUUGUGUUGAAAGUUGUACAUAAUUGUGCCUUCUAAAGAAACGAGUAAGCUUUUGCUGCCCUUUAUAAACCAAAAAAAUAAGAAUUGUCGUCAAUUUUAUAUAAGGAUUGUCGUAAGUAUCUCCUUAAUUCAUAAAGUACCACAAAAUAGUAUUUUUGAAGAUAAUAUUUCCAGCUGUGCCUACACUCGCAAAUCUGAGCUUAGAAACUGUCGUAGUACACAAACUAAGAUUGUUUUUCAAAUGUCCCUUUUUGUUGAGUUAUACAAAGUUGUACAAACUUCGGAGGAUUUAAUUCGGCCGGGUUUUGCCGGUCCAUCUGCUUUGCUUUGCUUCACUUUCUUGCGCAUUAAACUCGCUACACCCUCUCGAAAUAUACUCCUGACAUUUCCAUUUUCACUCGUUCUUUCCAAUAAACGUAAAAGCCAUAUACCAUUCACGGAAAUAAUACGUGGCUAUGGAGAGUGUGGCCUAGUGGUUAGGGUUCGACACUCAUGAGAAGAGGG